AUGUUCUUCCCUUUUCUACUUCUGUCGCAGUUAAUUUUGAUUUCCAACGCACAGGAUCAUGUUUUUAUUCGUGACUAUUUUGUGCAUAAGAAGGUGCGGAAUGUCGUGGGAUUUUCUUGCGGUGACACUAUAGGUGACUUUAAUCUGCUCAAAACCCUAAGUACCAUCGGUAUAUUCACUAUAAUACGAGAACCCAGCAUGAGAAUCGAUUUCGUAAGAUUUUUGAGGAGCGAAGCGUGGACAGUUGGUGUCGUCAUCGACGUACGUUGUCUUAAUGAAACGGCUGUUCGAAUUUUUGCCGAAAGUUCGAAGCAUCGAAUGUACGAUUAUUCGUACAACUGGUUAGUGCUUGGUUCGAACUACAAUAAUAGUAUUCCUCUUUUGAACGACACCGCGUACAAUAUAGUGACGGACGUUGUGCUAGCUAUAUCGAAUAGAAAUGGCUACGAUUUGUACGAUAUUUACAACCAUUGUAAAUAUCGUGGUGGUUUAUUGAACGUUACUAAACUUGGCGAUUGGAGGCAAGAUUCUGGACUGAAUAUUAGUAUCACUACUCCUUUGAUUAAUAGGAGGGCUAACAUGCAUGGGAUGAGAUUGAAGAUAUCUGGUGUGAUACAAUACAGACCAAAGAACAUGCGUCUCGAAGACUACAUGCAGGAUAUUAAUACAAGAUCCUUGGACAGCAUGCAUAAAUUUGUACAUGCCAUGAUAUUGCAUACAGGAGAGCUUUUUAAUUUUAGUGUUCACGCUUCGGAAAUAAUCUACUGGGACAGGCACAGUGUACACGGUUUAAUUUUUGAAUUUUUAAGAUCAAACUAUAUCGAUUUUGCUAGUAAUCCGAGGAUCAUGGUGUCUGAACGUUUGGAUUUUGCUUCUCUGAUUGGUGCAGCUUGGCCUAUUAAACCAUGUUUCAUGCUUUUAUCAACCUCGACGAAUAAAAUCAAACUAGAGAUCUUUCUAAAGCCUUUUACUCGGCAAACUUGGUACGUGUUCGCAGCUUUCGGAAUAUUCUCCAUCUUCAUCGUAAAAAUGAUUAUGAAUCGUGAGAAAAUCGGUAAACGAGAGAAAUAUUCGGGGGCGGUGGUGCUUUCUGUAGGAAUUGUAGCUCAACAAGGUGCAAAUUUGCUUCCAAAACGCGUUGCAAGUCGCAUAGCACUUUUCCAAAUAACUCUACACAGUUGGAUAAUGUAUAAUUACUAUUCAGCUAGUAUUGUUUCGGCUCGAUUGAGCGAACCUUUAGAUAUGAUGGAGGACUCUGUCACCGUUCUUGCUGAUAGCAAUCUGAAAAUUGCUGCGGAAGCUGUGCCGUACUUGAAUUAUUUUUUAUAUAAAUUGAAUUGGGAAUCAGACUACUUUCGCAAGAAGCGUUGGGAUCCCCUACCAGAGUCCGAACGAUAUUUGCCACUGGAAGAAGGAAUCAGACAAGUGAGCCAAGGUAUUUUAGCAUACCACACCGAUCCAAAUACUGCGUACCCUUACGUGGAAAGAAUGUUCGAUUCCAAUAAAAUCUGCGAAUUAACGGAGAUACAUUUGUUCAAACAAUCCGUGAUGGGGAUGUAUGCUAGCCACAAUGGACAGUUCAUUGAAAUAGCCAAAAUAGGAUUGACAAAGAUGUUCAACACCGGUCUUCGUAAUCGACAAAUCAAACAUUGGUCAUCGAGAAAGCCACAGUGUCAACCUGAUACUCUCUCUACCAGAAGUAUCACUAUUUACGAAACAGCACCAGCUUUAAUUUUACUAGCCUUUGGUAUAGUUGUGGCUGGAACGAUUUGCAUCGUGGAGAACAUUAUUUUUAAUCGCUCAAUGAGGGGAAUGGAUAGCAAUCGAAAGAAGAGGAUUGGAACGAGAGGAAGCAUCGUCAGUGGAAACAGCAGGGACAACCUUCUAGAUCUUAAUCUUUAAUACCCGUAUCAUUGCUUCUUAGGAAAAACUCAAUAGAUUAUUAAUUAGAUAAGAAUUUUCAUUAUUACAUGCUUUUUACUAGACUCUGAUUUUGAA